CGCACCUGAUAAAAGCGUGUGAUUUGUACCAGGAGAAUUUCAGACGGAGUAUUGUCUUUGGUUGACUUCAAAUUGGGGUUUUGCGUAUAAUCCAAAUCACAUUUAUCCGACCGGCAUUUUUUCGCAAUUUGUUUGGUUCCUGAAAGAGAUUGCCUCCAGAUUAAAAAUUCUUGGUUUGGGUUUGGAGAAGAAGAUAAAGAUUCCUUUCUGGUUCAGAAAAGAUUCAAAUUUUACAGUACUCGUUUCUUGGGUAAGUCCUUUUCUGGAUUGCAAAGCUUAAAGGCCACCAGAGAAUCUUUCUUGGGUCAGCCCUUACAUUUCUUCCUCUGAUCGGUGUUCUCAUUUGCUGUAUAAUCUUCUCUUUGAGGGAAGUAAACCUUGAACACAAUAACAUGACAUUUAGCUUUUUGUAAUUGAAUUUGGUCCCCAUUGUUCUUCUGAGAAUUGCUAUCUACUCCGCACUUUUUAAAAUUUGUACCCUUUGUUCAUUGAUGGCUUUGUGUUUUGGUGUGUUAUACUGCUGCUUCUUAUUUGAAUUCACUUUUGGUUUCAUUCUGCUUGUUAGGCUUGUGGUUUUGAUCUGUAGUACCAACACGAAAUUGAUCCGGAACUCACAAGUUUGAAAAGUUUCAAAGGGUAAAAUACAAAAUUCCAUUCUUAAAGAUGGUUUUCAUGGGUGUUCCUGGAUUUGGAAAAUGGUGCCUUAUGCUCCAUAGUUUGCAGGUUAAGUUAUAUGUGAUCAUGAGACGGUAAUUUAUUAUUAAAAAAAUGGGUUGGCUGAGCAAAAUCUUUAAAGGCUCUAAUCACAAGGUUUCGGAAGGACAAUAUGAUCUCCGUUAUGAUGCACACAAAGAGGAAAAUCAUCCAUCAACUUCAGGGGACCCCUGGUCAGAGAUUGAAGACACAGACCAUGCUAUUGCAUUGUCCCUUUCGGUAGAUAACCUAAAGGGAAGAGAUGUACUGGGUUAGUGCAAUUUGGAUUAUCUCAUCAUAAUGAGUCUUGUAUGGAAAAAAAACAAACCAUCUCAUACACUACACAAGAUGUUUAAUUUUCUUUAUAGUUCUUUUAUUGGACAUGUGGACAUAAGGUUCAUUGUAAUGGUCUAUGUGGUUUUUUUCCUCAAAUAAGGCUUACUUUCUCUA